CAGCAGCAAACAAAGAGGAAGAUGGAAAAGUCAUUGUGCACGUUGGUUGCAGUGAUUCUUCUGGGUGGAUUUUUAGACGCAGCGCUGACAGACGAUACAACAACUGAGAUGAAUUCAUUAUUUAACAACACAACUACAGCUGAGUCUGUCUCUGUGCAGCCGCACGAUCGCGUCACAGACCGACCGACUCCAACAGCAGCAAGGACAAAGUUAUCCAAAGAGAAACAGCUGGACACCAAAAACAUCAGCCAAGACAGUGAAGAAGAAAACAAGAAUGAAGAAGAAGAAGAAGAAGAAGAAGACAGCAAGACAGAAGAUAAGGGAACACAACGCGACUGCCCCCCUAUCGGCCUGGAGUCCCUGCGCGUCGAUGACAGCCAGAUCCAGGCUUCUUCCUACCAGCGGACGGGUCUGGGUCCUCACAGAGGGAGGCUGAAUAUCCAGUCUGGCAUCGAGGAUGGAGACCUCUACGACGGAGCCUGGUGUGCAAAGUAUAAGGACCGGCACCAGUGGCUAGAGGUGGACGCCAUCCACCUCACCCUGUUCACUGGAGUCAUCAUGCAGGGCCGCAACUCCAUCUGGAGUUGGGACUGGGUCCACACCUACAAAGUCCAGCUGAGCAACGACUCUGUGAGCUGGGAGAGCUGCAUGAAUGGGACAGAAGAAGCGAUAUUUGAAGGAAACCAGAAUCCAGAGGCCCCGGUGCUCGGACUCCUUCCUGUUCCCACCGUCGCCCGAUUCCUCCGCAUCAACCCUCAGACCUGGUACUCUAACGGCACCAUCUGCCUCAGGGCGGAGAUACUCGGCUGUCGAGUCGAUGAUCCAACAGACAACUUCUACUCAGAGCGAGAGCCCGGAUCAGAAGACGCUCUGGACUUCAGACAGCACAACUACAAGGAGAUGAGAAAGCUCAUGAAGUCUGUGACAGAGGAGUGUCCGGACAUCACCCGCAUCUACACCAUCGGGAAGAGCUACCUGGGCCUCAAACUGUACGUCAUGGAGAUCUCGGAUAACCCCGGCAAACAUGAACUAGGGGAGCCUGAGUUCCGCUACGUGGCCGGGAUGCACGGGAACGAGGCCCUGGGCCGAGAGCUCGUCCUCAACCUCAUGCAGUACUUGUGCAGAGAGUACAAGAAGGGCAACCGGCGCAUCGUUCGGCUGGUGACCGAGACUCGAAUCCACCUCCUGCCCUCCAUGAACCCUGACGGAUACGAAGCAGCUUAUGAGAAGGGCUCUGAACUGGCCGGCUGGGCCGACGGACGAUACACCUUUGAAGGAAUCGACCUGAAUCACAACUUCCCAGACCUGAACAACAUCAUGUGGGAUGCCCAAGAGACGGCGGCAGAUACAUCUAAAGUCCCCAACCACUACAUCCCCAUGCCAGAGUACUACACUAAAGAAGACGCCAUGGUUGCACCAGUGACGCGUGCUGUCAUCAAUUGGAUGCAGGACAUCCCCUUCGUGCUCAGUGCGAACCUCCACGGGGGAGAACUGGUGGUCGUGUACCCCUUCGACUGCACCCGGGACUGGGCCCCUCAGGAGGACACCCCCACGGCGGACAACGCUUUCUUCCGCUGGCUGGCCACCGUCUACGCCUCGACUAACCUGGCGAUGUCCAACCCCAACCGCCGCAUCUGCCACUACGAGGACUUCCAGUCACACAACAACAUCAUCAACGGCGGUGCCUGGCACACCGUCCCCGGCAGUAUGAAUGACUUCAGUUACAUGCACACCAACUGCUUCGAGGUGACAGUGGAGUUGUCCUGUGAUAAGUUCCCUCACGUCAGUGAGCUUCCCAUCGAGUGGGAGAACAACAAGGAGUCUCUGCUGAUUUACAUGGAGCAGGUUCACAGAGGCAUCAAGGGUGUGGUCAGGGACAAGCUGACUAGACAGGGAAUAGCAGAUGCUGUAAUCAAGGUGGAGGACCACGACCACGACAUCCGAUCAGCUGCUGACGGGGACUACUGGCGUCUACUGAACCCGGGCGAGUACAAGGUGAUGGUUUGGGCCCAGGGUUACUACCCGUCCAUGCGACGGUGCCGCGUUGGAAUGGAGCCACAUGCCACCAUCUGUGACUUCACCCUGACCAGAACGCCCAUUGAGAGGCUGAAGGAGAUCCGGGCCAAAGGAGGGAAGAUCCCCCAGGACCUUCAGCUGCGUCUUCGUGCUCUGAGGCUCCGCAUGCUUCGGGCCAGCACCAAGGCCAUCAACCAGCGCAGGGAGAGUCAGCGGCUGCAGCGGGCGAGGAAAGCCCGGUCCUCCGGAGCCCAGAGAGCAUGAGAGAGAGAUGGGGACGAGGGGCUGAAGAAGCCUCAGCCUGAGCUGGAAGUUCAGUUUAAACGGAGAAUAGGCUCUGGGAAUAGUGACAUGUUCCUACUAGAGAGGAUGCUGUUAAAGGGUCAGUUCACCCAAUUCACAGAAAUAUAUGUCUUCUGCAUUUCUGCAUGGAGACAUGCAGUUUGAUGUGGGGAAAUGUCUGCCCCUGAGAUUUGUAUGUGCCAAUCACAACUUUAAAUAUUAAAGAAAAACACAGCGACAUAUUUGGGUGUACUGGCCCUUUAAGGCAGAUUAAACCACGACAGCCACACAAACUCUUACAGACAUUGACAGGAUAUUUAAAAAGCAGGUUUUAUACACAAAAAGAGACACAAACUGAAUAACUUCUAAAAAGUUACACAAACGUUUUGAAGGAUUAUGGACAUCUUCACAUUUAUAGACAGGCAUCAUUGAAUGUUAAAGUUGGAAUUCACCUCUGUUUUGUUUUGUACAUGAACUGUUUCAUUGGACAUUAUAGCCGAUGACGCUGUAGUGCUUCAUGACGACUGAGUGCGAGUGUCAGCUGGUCUGAUAUGUGACAUGCUUUUCUAACAGCGCGUCUGUUUUUUUAUUUGUUCAAUUUAAGAAAAAAAAUCUCAAAUAAAUAUGACUUAUUUGUCUUAAUCUAUAUUCUAGCGUGUAAAUCUGAACCAAGAGUGAAGAAAAGCAGAAGAACAGCCUGGAAGUGAAAGAAGCUGCGAGAACAGAGGUUCCAUAACAUAGAAAUGAGGAGUCACAAGAUGAUCGGCAUAAGAAAGUGCAAAGAAACAAGACAAAGUGCUGAUGCAGAUAUGAGGUUUACCCUGUGGGCCAUGAAGAUCUGUAAUAAUAAUAAUAUCUGUACCAAAUGUCUUUCAAUAGGUGCUGAGAUAUUUCAGUAUAUACCAACUUCUCCCUCCGUAGAGCCUCGGCGCUAGAAUACCUAAAAACAAGAUUUAGUUUUUAUUUGAUCUGAUUUUGACCAGUUCAACCAGUAUGGGAUUGUCUCAUUAGAAUAAGGGCUGAUGACGUGAUGGUAGUUAUUAAUUCAAAAGACAAAAGCUAAAAUUAGAAGAAAGUUUUCUUUUCCUUCUGAAUUUGUAAAUCAUCUCAUGACCCAUGACCCCCCGAGGGGCCACGACCCCUAGUUUGGGAACCACUGGUUGAGUUUGACUGCCCUCUGGUGGUGGAUUCUCAGCACUUCAUGUGAAGAACAGAAAUACUCAAACACCAAACAGUCAGGAGUGCAAAAGAAGCUAACCUUUUUAUUUCAGAGACAAUAAGUACCAUGUUAGUAU